AUGGAUAGAUCAUUGCCAAAGGAGAAUCAAUGGUACUACCUGAAAAGGGAGUGCUUGGCUGGCAACGAUAUAUCAUCUAUUCGUGAUUCUUUGACAUCGUCAUUGUCGAUAUUCUCAGGUGUGUCGACAUUUGACGAAGCCACAUCUAUAAGCGGUCAGACUUCAUCGUCGUACUUGGCCACCAACUCCACACUGGCCAGCCACAAUGCCAGCUACAUCAGCGUCUAUGGUGGCAGUACAACCGGUGGCGGUAGUCUCUACAGCAGUGUCUAUAGUGCCACAAAGACCUCUAGCUAUGGAGCAUCAACCUAUCUCCAGGCACAGCAGGAUAAUAAUGAUUGGAAGAAUGUCCCAUCAUCAGCCGCAGCAUUAACAAACAGUAAUCAACCAAGUGGGCAGUAUAUUGAUACAACCAACUCAACGACGUCGGCAUCGGCAUCAGCCUACGUUGACUCAUUCACAGAGGACACGCCAUCACCCCAACAGACCACGGGAUCCAGUGGAUUGGCAACGUCCAGCGGUUCCAGCGCAUAUAGCUCACCCUACGAUCUUUCGUUUAGUGAGAAGCAGGCAAUCGCACAUCAACAGUUACAGGGCACAAUCAAUGGGCAGCCGACCGACCCACAGCUCCAGCAGAUACAGAAGAAGAUGGAUACACAGCCUGCCAAACCAGUGUUGCCCUGGAACGAGGCCUUCCAGGAGCUGCUGGACCGUCCAAUCAACUCCCACGAGGAGGAGCGACUGAGGAACCACAACAUUGCGCAUUUCUCUCAGAUCCUUGCCAACACUGCGACCAAAUACAUUCGAACACUGGUGCAAGAGGUACACAUUGCACCCGACAUGAAGUCCAUCAAGCCAUUCGACGCAGGUGGAUUCGCCGGAGGCGAGAAGUUUGUCAUUGACAACAUGUUUAUCAAGUUUGCGCUCAACCCGCACUCGAUCUACGAGCGCAACAACCCCGUCAGCUACUUUGCCAACAAGGCUGCCGGCCACGAGCUCAAGAGCAUCAAUGCGCUAGUGUCGUGCGGUGUGCCCAACCUGCACUUCCCACUGAUGUGUCUGGUCAACUAUCGUGGCUUCCGUCUGAUAGUUAUCUCUGAGCUGCCGAUCAACGCUCACACACUGGUCUUUGGCAGUUCCAAUGCCGGUGAGACCAUCCACGAGAAUGAGACAGUGUUCAAGAUGAUGGUCAAGAUUGGCGAGAUCCUCAAUCUCCAAACACACAAGGUCGAAGAGCGUGGCAAGGUCAACAGCAAGCAAUUCACCAUUCCCCUGGCCAUUGACAUUGAAGGUCACUUUGGUGUCGAUGGAAGGUAUUAUGUAGUUGACACUGCCAGACUGUUCCCUCCCGAGACACCUGUUCCAGGUAUCACUGGUGGACAUCUCUACAGACUCUUUAGACCAGAGUUUGUUAGGAGAUAUGAGAAGCAACUAUGUUCAGACGCGUUUGCCGCGUUCAAUGUUGUCGACCAAGAACCAUUCAACGACGAAGCGGUCAAGGCGAACAACUAUCUCAUUCAAGAAUAUGUACCAGCGAUACUUCAAAAGUCAGUGUUGGUAGCCAAUCUGGAGAAGCUCAACCUCAAGCAUCUCUUCCACAAGGAUGGCAUCAACAUGCGCUAUCUUGGCUUGAUGUUGUAUCACUUGACAAACUUGAAGACUGUGGACCCGAUCAUACUCUACAAACUGCAGGGCCUGCUGUCGGUGGAGAUGGUGGCGCGUCUGAUGCGCUUCAUUCUAUUCUCUGAGAUGAGACAGAUCAACUCGACGGCGGACCAGCCUCACCUGGACAUGGCGCUCUCGCACAUCAACCUGUUGAUCUCGGACAACCGCCACUACUGGUCGCACUACCUGGGCAACGCGCUCGUGGCCAAGUACGCCUACACCUGCACGACCCUGCCCGAUGUUGAGCUCAAGGUUGGACAGUUCAUAAAGUCGGCCAACGGACUGCUCAAGUACAUCAACGCGCGUCCACCAACAUCGACGGCUGCCUCGCCCUUCCCCGACUCGUACUAUGGCGCCAAGAAGGAGCUCAACUUCAAGUACAAGCUGCUCAAGAAGAUCUCUGUGCUGACUGGUCUCGUCAUUAGCGCCAAGACACUCAAGGACUUCAAGGCCAAGAGGGUGACACAGUUGGCCAUCGAGGACAUCACCGAGAUUGCCGUCACGGUCAAGCACAUGAACGUCUCGUCGUCGUUCAAGACUGCCGAGUUCCACUACAAGGAGGCCAUUGCCAUUUAUGUAAAGCGAUUUGGUGAUGACAUUGGAACAGCCAACUUCAAGGAGAAGCUGGCACUAUGUAAUAUCAAACAGAAGAAGUUCAAGGAGGCCACCGAUCAUCUCGAGUCUGUCAUCAGCAUCAAGAAGAAGAUCUUCAACGGCGAGAGCAUAGAGGUGGCGGACAGCUAUGACAACCUGGCAUGGGCAUGCCAAUCACAAAAGGAGUUUGAGAAGGCAAACAACUAUUACCAGAUGGCCUUAACCAUUAAGUUGGACAAGGGUAGUCAUCAAUUGAGUAUAGCCAAGACAUUGAACAACAUGGGACAUCUUAGGUUGUCACUCAAUCAGUUGGAGAAGAGUUUGGAGAUCUUUAAUCGUGUGUUGGACAUCUUUGUCAAGCAAUAUGGUCAAGAUCACUCUGAUGUAGCCGUGGCAUUGGACAACAUUGCUCUGAUCUAUGCCAAGACCAAGGAGUAUGCCAAGGCAGAGUCUUAUUUCAACCAAACUCUUACCAUUCGAAUCAAACAAUUUGGAGAGGAUAGCAGAUUCGUUGCAUUGACCAAGGACCAUUUGGCUCAGCUCUACUUGGCAUGGGGCAAGUCCAAGUAUGGUGAUGCCGAGAGAUUGUUUAGAGAGUGCAUCAAGAUCUCGGAGAAGUACCCCGAUCACUAUCUCAAGGGCUUCCUCAGGUACAACUACUCCAAGCUCUACAAGUUGAGAAAGGACAAGACAUUGGAGGAGAACCUGCUCAAGGAUGCACUGCAGAUCUUUGAGACACACAGUGUCGCCACUGACCUGACGGCCAAGAUCCACGACAGACUUGAGCAGCUGAAAAAGUCUGGCCUGGGCAAGAUCAUCAAUUGGCUGGGCUCCUCGUCGACCCAGAAGAAGAACUCGCAGAUCCAGAUCUCACAGCAUCAUGAUGGUCGCAUGCAGAACUCGUCCAACACCAACUCCAACCAGAACGAGAUCCCUGAGGAGUGGCAAGACAUCCUCAAGGAGGCCGGCAUCAAGGCCGAUCUGUCCGAUCCCAAGCUGGCCGAAGCCAUCAAGAACUUGGAGCUGGAGGAGUUUGACGCCAACAAGAAGGGUUCGUUCACCGAGGCAAUCAAGACUGGCAAGCUGCUCAACAAUGGCCGAGUCACAUGGGACACCAAGAACGCUGCGGCCAUCGAGGCCCCCGCCAAGGCCAUCGCCAAUGGCUUUGGUCAGCUCACCAAUGCGCUCAACCACAAGAAGGAGAAGUCGUCCAAGAAGGACAAGGAAGAGAAGGAGAAAGUCACCCAAGCUCAAGGCGCCAUCCGCACCAAUCUCUCCACUAUCUCCAAUAUCGCCAAUCACACCAUCACCAAAUCUCACAUCGUCGACAUCAUCCAAUCAAUGUCGUCCUCAUCCAACUCCCGACAAUCACUCAAUUUGGAUGAUGAGAUUAUGCACAGAAGAUCUUCUCUUGAACAAAGCGUAUCAGACCAUGACUUUGCUUCGAUCGAGCACGUGGACCCCGUCAUCAAGUUGGACUCAUUGAUGGACAGCAGACCGGCGCCCAUUACAUCGUUGGCCUACCCACCACCACCAUCAGCCACUUCGACUCCAACCGUUCAGAAUGAGCAUGCACCAGUGGGCUACACCAAGGCCGGUCCAAUCAGUCCCUAUGUCCAGGCUCAACCCGCGCCUCCUGCAUACCCCCAGGCUCAAGCCGCCCCCCAGCCAUCCUAUCUCAUGCAGCCCAAGCCACUGCCCCCUCAGCAACAUCCUCUCCCGCCCCAGCAACAUCCUCUACCGCCACACCAGACAGGACAGUUCUACCAUCAAAGCAACCAACAGGCCCAUCCACCUCCACCUCCACCAGUGGUCACAUAUCCAGCAGGCUAUCCCUAUCAACAACAACAACAGCAACAACACUACCAGCACAUCUAUCCAACUACACAGCAAUAUUCUCAACAGCCUUAUGUCCAACAGCCACAACAACAGUACCAACAUCAGUAUCCACAGCAGCAUCAGCAACAGACACAUCAACAAAGCCCUUACUCGGCCACAACAGUCAAGCCAUACGUCAAUCCACAACCACCUCCAACCGGCUACGGAGCUCAACCAACAUCCCAUUUGUAUCCAUCGCCCAAUCAGUAUACUGCCACCAACUGGGCACCCUAUCAAGCAAAGCCAGCGGCCGCCUAUCCGCCACCUGCCCCCGGAGGCCCUUCACCUUACACAACUGCACCAAACACCUCCUAUCUGCAACAGCAGCCACAGCAACACCAACAGCACCAACAACAACAACAACAACAACGCCCUUUUGUAUUCUCUGGAGCUGCAUCCUUUGUCCCCUACGAAUACAACUCACAGACACCUCCUCCACCUCCCCAGCCUCAACAUACUAUUCCUCAGACCGCAACACCACAACCUUACACCAACUAUCCAGCGCCAUACAAGAACCCAGCAACAGCUUAUGGCGCUCCACCACCACCAAGAGCUGCUGCUGGUGGCCACUACUAUCCCCAGUUCGCACCCCAAACGGCUCCUACCCCUGCUCCCGCCCCAAUACUCUAUCCACCACAACCAGCAGCAGCACCACCUGGACACGGCCCCCAGGCUCCACAUCGUCAAGCCUACCAGAACUACCAGCAGUCAACCUUCCAACCAUAUCAGAACCCAACCGCGGCGCCUUCAGUAGUUGCACCACCACCCGUACCACUGCAGUUCCAUCAGCUCUAUCCAGACAUGAACUCCAGCUACGGAACAAUGCCAGCAGCGCUGCAAGAGACAAGACCUCACAAUCUGCAGAUGCACGAAAACUACGACAUUGUUGGCGAGGUGAACGAUGACGAUGACGACACCAGCAGCAACAGCAGCAGUGGCAGCAAUGGAUCAAUCAAUUGGAGACUACCAACUGGUGCAGACAAGUCACACAUUAUUGCUCAGUUGAAGAAGUUGUACAACAAUUAA